CGACACAGAGCCCGCGGUUCCGAGUUCGUAGUGAAAAAUGGCCGGCGCCAACGAUUGUUUCAGCAUUGGGAGUACUGUGGCCUGUAAAACCUGUUACAAGGAGGAGAUCGAAGGCGAAGUGCUAGCGUUCGAUCCACAAACAAAAAUGCUGAUCCUAAAAUGUCCAUCUUCGAGUGGUACACCAACGUUAAACGACGUACAUAUAGUAAAUUUAUCCUUGGUAUCCGAGGUCCAAGUAAAGCGGGAAGUUAGCCCUACAACUAGUGAACCACCACAAAGCCUUAAUUUGCAAAAGUUGAACAAAAGAGUACAUAAUCAAAUUGAAGAGAAAAAGAAACUGGUAAUGGCUCUGCAGGCCGGAGUAUCUCCAGAGGGACAAAAACUCUUCAGUACUAUAUCAAAGACUAUUCCGCAAAUUACGUGGAACGGAGUAAAUAUCGUUGUAUUUGAUAAUGUUACAAUUAGACCUCCGUACAAAGUCGAUAAUGUUCAUGGUAACACAGAAUCUGGAGCAUACAAGCAUGUAAAGAAAGUAGUUGAAAAACACAUUAAAGAUACAGAGGCAUCUGCACAAGCACAACAACAACAACAGCGGGAACAACAGCAAAAGCAAAAAGGAGGUGCAAUGCAAUAAAAGUUCACAAAGGCACUAUACCAUGAACAAAGCUAUCAUGCUGUCACAGAAGUUCCAGUGUUUGGGGGAAAGUAGGAAACAAUGAUAACAGGAUAUAAAAGGAAACCAUUACAAAACUACUACAUAAGCCUAUCAUGAAAAUCAGCGUCAUAAAAUUCGACAUGUUUUGACAAAAGAGCACUUAAAGAAAACAAAGUGCAAAUCGAAUAUUAGAAUUCUAAAUAAGUUUUGAAUACAUUGAUCCCAUCGUAUGAGCAGCAUUUUGUAAAGCAAUGGAACGUGUCAUACUCGAUUUUUAACAUAAAGCAUACUCUUCGAUGAAGAGUCUUGUUUAUUUUAUCUAACAAGCUGCCAUACACCUUACGUUCUGCUGGAACUAUUGUUCAUAUAUGUGCUCUGAUGCAGGUGUGUUUUAGUUUAGUUUUACAUUGUUACAAAUACGUUUAAUAGUUGUUUACAGAUCAUUAAUACACAUCUUAAAAUGAUUUGAUUACCAUUGAAGUACGAAUUUUUUAAAAGAUAAAUCGAUCAUCGCGGUAUAAUUUAAGUCCGUAUGAAACGGUUCAUUAUUUUUAACUAGUGUCAUAAUUUAAAUGUAAAUGAUCAACAAAAAUUUUCAUAUAUAAUACCUACUUCAAUAUUGACUGAAAUUUUACAUUCAUUCGCAUACUAUGAUACAUUUGUUUCAAAUCGCCCAUUUGGUACUAUCGAUUCUUUCGAAAUUUGUAAACAAGAAAAAACGCAAACGUUACACUAUAUCACGCCUGCGUCAGCACGAGACGUUUUCGGUAGCAAUAUGACAUUGUAAGAUAAAAGGAUAUUCCCUUGUAUAGAACGAGCUAUACAAUUGUUAUUUAAGGAAACAUCAACUUGAUAUGUGCAAGGGUGUGUGUGUCCCAUACACUUAGAAGUAACUCCAUUUGCAAUGAUAAUGAACUUGUCUCGUGCUCUUUACUUUUUGAAUGCAAAGAAAAGUCGGACAGAAAGAAAAGAAAAUUAUAAAAUUAAUUACAUGAAAAGACAGAAAUAAAUGUAAUAUAAAUUCUA